UGAGGGAUUCAAUGCCAGGGAAGUGACAGAGAUGAGGGGUGAAUUGUUGUCAGGAAAAUGCAGCAAAUCCAGUUGCUUUAGACUCUUCUACAUACUGAACUUUUAUCCUGAAGCAACAAUUCAGUGUUACUGAGUCACACCCCUCCCUUUUAUUUACUCACUAAAGAAUUUAGUUUCGUUUCUUCUCCCGCGUCCCAGGAUGGCGGCUGCUGAUCUGAGAGACGAGCUGAGCUGCUCCAUCUGCCUGAGCGUUUAUACUGAUCCUGUGUCCCUGCCCUGUAGCCAUAACUUCUGCCGGGGCUGCAUUGGGAGGGUGCUGGGUACCCAGGAGGGGUCUGGGGGUUAUUCCUGCCCUGAAUGCAGAGCCGAGUAUCGGGAACGCCCGGCCCUGCCCAGGAACAGAACUCUGGGGAACAUUGCAGAGCGAUUCCUUUCUGCUCAGCCGGAGCCGGGGGAGACUGGGAUCCUCUGCACUUACUGUGACUCCCCUGUGGCUGCUGUUAAAUCCUGUGAGCAGUGUGAGACCUCCCUGUGUGAUACCCACUUACACAAGCACAACAAGUCUGUACGGCACGUCCUAACUGAGCCCACCAACUCCUUUAUGGGAAAAAAAUGCUCCACCCACAGAAAGAUCCUGGAGUAUUACUGCUGUGAGGAUUUGGUCUGUGUCUGUGUGUCCUGCUGCCUGGCCGGGGGGCACCGGGGCCACAGGGUGGAGCUACUGAGUGAGGCCUCUGAGAAGAAGAAAGAGAAACUGAGGAAAGUUCUGGAGAAACUGAGCCCAGAGAGAGAGGAGACUGAGAGAGGAGCCCAGAGGCUGCAGGAGCGCAGGAGAGAAGUGGCAGAAAGAGCAGCCGGUGAGACAGAGAGAGUCACUGCCCUGUUUAGAGACAUCAGGGAAGAGCUGGAAGCCCUAGAGAAGAGACUCCUGAGUGACAUCUCCAGGCAGAAAGAGAAGCUUUCCCUCCAACUCACUGAGCUGAUCCAACAGCUGGAAAUAAAGAAGGACGAGCUGUCCGGGAAGAUCCGGCACAUUGAGGAGCUGUGCAACAUGGCAGCUCCACUCACUGUCCUACAGGAACAACUGGAAUCAGAUGGAGCUGCAGAUAAUGAGGGCAGAGAGACAGAGUGUAUAAAGGCCCCGGCUGUAGGGGAUCUGGAUGUGGGUCGGAUCUCAGAGACAUUACUCACAGGCUUAGCUGGGAUUGUGACUGGGGUAAAGGGAAGGAUCCCUGGGCAGGAGGCUACAGACCUGGUACUGGAUAUAAAUACAGCACAUGAACGUGUUGCUUUAUCAGAGGACAGGAAAACUGCAUCCUGGUCAAAGACUGCCCUGUGUUACCCACACACACCAGAGAGGUUUAUAAAAUACCCCCAAGUGUUAAGCAGCAGGAGUUUCCCAUCAGGGCGACAUUACUGGGAAGUGGAGGGCAGUGAGUCAGGGGAGUGGGAGGUUGGGGCGGCCUAUCCCAGUAUAGAGAGAGAAGGAGAUCAUUCCAGUUUAGGAGAUAAUAUUAAAUCCUGGAGUUUGCGUAGAUUAUAUCGCAGUAUUACAGUGGCACAUAACUGCAUAAAAACUCCUGUAUCCCCCUCCUGCUGGAGAUUCAGAAUCUCAUUGGACUAUGAGGCCGGACAUUUGUCCUUCUAUGAGCUGAGUGAGCCAAUCAGGCACUUACACACCUUCACUGCCUCCUUCACUGAGCCCCUGCACCCUGCAUUCUAUGUGUAUGGUAACGGCUGGGUGAGAAUCUGCAGCUGAUCCCAUUAGGCUAAUACCAUGCGUAUAGUGUAUAUUUUCAGCAAGCCAAAAAACGAUUGCCAAACUAAUGGAAUACGCUCGGGUGCAGGCACAUGUAACUGAAAUCCGCAUAAAAAGACUUUGCAUUCUUUUGCACUUUUAGGCGGAUGCACCCGAGCGUAUUCCAUUAGUUUGGCAAUCGUUUUUUGGCUUGCUGAAAAUAUACACCAUACGCAUGGUAUUAGCCUUAGUCUCUCUUAGAAUCUCCCCGGCACCAUAAGUUGCAUGUGAUUGGCUGAGCUCUGGUUAGUUCAGAUCAGUGGGGUUUAUGGAAAUACACAAACCUGCCUGUUACACAGAAUGAUAAACAGAAGCAGCAACAGGGGAUUGAGCCUCUGUAUUCAUAUCAUUGCUACUGAUACAUAUAAAUGAUAGGGAUAAUAGGAACAGCACAGACUUAUACAGCCUGAAAUCCACAUACAAUGCAUUACUAACAGGAGGGCAGUAAUAGUCUGAAAGGAGCAGAUUUGUAAGUCUAUAAGUAAUCGGGUUGGGGGCUGUACCUGUAAUCACAUGAGCAAAAUAAACAGAACUUGUGCUGAAUAAUAUA